UGUGUUUUAUUUAUCAAAGGCUUGUUUGUUUGUAAUAUUUACAACUUAGAAUUGAGUUUUUUCCACUCACAGGUAGGUUUUGUAGUGGCUAUAGUACUAGUGAUUUAUCUGAUAUUUGCAUUCAGACAACAUCAUCAUCCAAACAGCAAUAAUGAUCCUACUGAUAAUGAUCCUACUAAUAAUGAUCCUACUAAUAAUGAUCCUAGUGAUAAUGAUCCUACAAAUGAUGAUCCUAUUACUAUGAACUAUAAGAUCAUUGAUGUGGUUCAUUAUGGGGCAGCUGGGGAUGGAAAGACAGAUGAUUCACAAGCAUUUCUAAAGGCUUGGAUGGCUGUUUGUGAAGCUGCAACUCCCUCGGCUAUGCUAGUACCAUCUCCCAGAAUAUUUUUGCUGAACCCAGUGGAGUUUCAAGGCCCGUGCAUGUCCUCCAGCGUUGGUGUUAAAAUCCUUGGAAGAAUUGUGGCUCAAAGUGACCUUGAUGCUUGGAAAGACUUUGAUGCGGAAAAUUGGUUGCUGUUUGCUAAUGUGAGUGGACUUGUCGUACAAGGGAAUGGCAAAAUUGAUGGGCAAGGAGCUGCUUGGUGGGACCGGGAAUCGGAUGGAAGACCCACGGCGUUGGCCUUUCACGACUGUGACGGCCUUCAUCUUUCUGGAUUAACACACAUUAACAGUCCAAAAAGUCAUAUGCACAUAGUUCGCUGCAAUCAUGCUUCCAUCUCUAAACUGAACAUAAUGGCACCUGAGGAUAGUCCCAACACUGAUGGUAUUGAUGUCUCCUAUUCAACAGAUGUUAAGAUUCAUAAUUGCAAUAUUGGAACAGGUAUUAUAGUACCAGUUGAAUAUUAACUAGAAACUUCUGUUUGGUGA